GGCGGAGCGGAGGCUGCCGGGGCCCGGCGGGGGUGGCGCUCGCCUCCGCCUCCUGCCGGACGGAGUCCCAGCCCCGCCGCAGGCAGCCCGGCCGGCUGGCGAGCGACGGAGGAAGGGCACGGUACAGCCGCGCAGGAACGGCGGGCUCCUUCGCUCCCAGGUCGCGGACAUUUUACUGCACUUUGACUGCAUCUUUACAGUUCCAAGAUUCUGUUAACGGAGGAGCCCUUUGCUAGCAUCAGGCUCUGAGUUGCUAUGUGAGAUGAACUGGAUUUGUUUACUUGCCUGUCUAAAUGUAAGAACUGCCUUUCACUAUGUGUUAUUUGAAGAUUCCUAAAAUGAUGUACCAACUCUUGAUCGUGGAGGACUGUAUUCAUCUGGAUAAUUCAUGGCAUUGUCUCUCCUGAUAUGUGAUUUCUGAGAUGAUUACAACUGUAACUCAGUAUUCAGUAACCUGAUGAAGUAUCAAUGCAAGUUCUUAUCCUAAAGCCUAACACUUAGAGGAUCAGCGUUCUGUGCUGUAGUAUUCAUUUAUGAAAGUCACCUCAUCCUACCUUGGUGGAUGGCUUAGCCUCUUGAAGAGCUCAAGACUCUUGGAUGACCACACUUUAUGCAAAAUCUGGAAUCUUCCUGCCUGGACUCCUUUCUGUUUUCUAAGGGUAACUACCUGUUCAUGUUGGGGAGAGGUCUAAAACGCAAGCUGAGUGACUAUGAGGAGAACAUGGCUGGUCUCUCGAGUGCCUUUGAUUCCAGUCGAAAUCUGCCCUAUCCACUUAAGAGGCAGCUGGUGCUCAAUAUGUGCCUCACCAAGUUACAGACCUACAAAAUGCUGGUGGAACCGAACUUGCACCGCUCUGUCCUCAUCGCCAACACCGUACGGCAGAUCCAAGAGGAGAUGAGGCAGGAGAGUAAUCAGCAGCCCAUGAAUGUCUGCCCUGGCAUUGCUCCUAUUUCUCACAGCUACGCAGGGAUGGAGCCUUCUGGGAUUUCCCUUCAGUUGCCUUCAGGUAUUAGUCAGCAAGAGUCUAACUGUUGCGACUUGCGGUCUGUGGAAGACCCGAUUGAAAACAGCCUGCUGAUCGUUUCAGAUGAUGACAUGUCAUCUGCUAUUUCAUCCAUUCUGAAGGAUUUAGACUUCGUAGAAGAUAUAAGCCCACCUACUUGUCUGGUUCCCGCUGGAGAUGACCAGCCAAAGUUUCCAGAAAACACUGCUCUCAAACUAGAAGACGAUCGGCAGGAUUUGAAGGGAGCCGAAUGCGUGUUUGGUUCCUUUGAGAUCUCAAAUUCCACCAGUUACUUGAAGGAUUUGGCAAUAGAUGACAUUUUUGAAGACAUUGACACUUCGAUGUAUGAUUCGGACUUUUGCUGCCCUCCGCUAGCGCCACCCAGGUCACCGUCUCUCGCUGUGGAAGAGCCACUGAAAACCUUUCCAUCCUGUAAUUCUUCUGCAGCAAACAACAUUCAGCUGUGUAGAACGGAUCUGAGCGAGUUGGACCACAUCAUGGAGAUUCUAGUUGGAUCCUGAUACUUGUUUUUACCCAAAGAUACUUGUUUAACUGCCACUUGUUUGGUUUCAGGAUGAAAGCCACUGGAGAGAAGGUGUAAAGAAUUCUUUAAAACACAAACUAAAAAGAAUUUACACGUAGUGGGAUUUCCUAAAGAAUUCCAAAACUUAGAAACACAAAAAGUGGCAGAUGGUUGGUUGUUUUUUUAAGAGAGAAGAAAUAUUUAUUUAUCAGAACCGUGCAAUCAUCUUUUUUCCUUGCAGGGUAUCCGUGGGACGUUAGGCACGUGCCCUUACCACCCCUCACGCCUCUUUCCAGAAACCUUUUUUUUUUACGUGCAAUUUUUAAUUUGUCAGAAGAAUUUACAUGCAAAACGAAUUUCUUACGAGAGAUGGUCCUUUUACAAAAAGCCUCCACUUUAUUUUUUCAUAGCAGAGCCCGUGGCGGGUCGGCGCGGGUCAGGCGCCGCGUGGGUCGGAGCGCGCGGAUCGCAGGCGCGGCGCCGCCGCAGCUUUGGGGAGAUUUUAAAGACAAGACGCGCUUUUGGCUGGCUUUUGGUCAGAAAAGCAGGAUGGAGACACUCGUGGACGCCGUCUCUUGCGUUUUCUAAAGCGUUCAGAACUAUUUAUUUUUGUAAAUUUUAUAAGUCUUUCUACGUUUUACUACGUUAUUUCACCAUAGUUCAAAUUAUAACGGACUCCUAGUCGGAUGUGUUUAGCACUACCUCUGAGCUGAAAUGCUUUAACUCUUUCCAGUGCUUCAUCUAAGACUGCAGAUCUUUAUUCUCAUUUCUGGUGGGUUUUAUUUUUCUGGGGGAAGCGGGGGGGGAAAAAUACUUUCUAACUCAUUAAGCUGUUCCUUUGACAGUGACCUAGCUGAUUUGUGAAAUCAAGGGUAUUCAAUGUUUAAAACCUUUUUAAGUAUUUACAAAUGUAAUUUAUACGUAGAUUGUGCAAUUUAACAUGGGGUUUUUUUUCCCUGUCAGUAUUACGUGCUUAGAUUUUGGAAUAAUCUCAGCGUUCUUUAAAUUAAAACUUUACUAUGUACAGGUAGCUUUUUAAUCUCUUUUGGAAAACACUGUCCUUGCAACCCUGCUUUCACUACAGAGUUUUAAGAUGAUUUUUCUUUUGUAAUGUGCAAUAUUAUUUAUAAAGAUACACGUUUGUAUACCUGGCAUUUGUGGGAAGAAACGCUUCGAACUUAAAACUUUCUAGCACCUUUGGAGGAUACUGGAGAGAGUCAACGUUUCUGUAUCCUUUAAGAAACAAAGCUGAGAAUGCUUCUUGUUCCACCAGUGCUUACAGCUUGGAAUACUCCUGAAGUACUCAUUGAUGCGUGGUGAGUGGAGGCUGUGGCUGCUCCCGUGGUGCUCGGGCUGAGCUGGGGGGCAGCACGUGUGUCUGUCUGGGGCAGGAGUCGUCUGUAAGUACAUACAAGUGCACUCAUGAACUGAAGAUAUUUGCAGUGAGGACUGUUUGUUUUUUUCCAUAAGCCAGCUUGGAACACCGUGUUUCAUCUUGAACAGAGGUUUAGAUUGGUCCUGGCUGGCAUCAUCUGAACAACACACUUGCACACGAGUGUUAGGUUUUGGGGGGGCGGG